AUGUGCUCACGGCUAUUCCUUCGACGCAUGGGGCUCUCAGCCCUAUCUCCAAAAGCCAAAUACAUCACCUCACAUCGACAAUGGUUAACCACCCAACAAAAGGACAUCGUCAAGGCAACCAUCCCAGCCCUCCAAGAGCACGGCGUAACAAUCACGACCCUCUUCUAUAAGCAGAUGCUAUCACAUCACCCUGAGCUUAAAAACAUCUUCAACACAGCCCACCAAGCCACAGGCGAACAACCGGCGGCACUAGCCCACGCAGUAUGGGCAUACGCUUCAAACAUCGAUCACCCAGAAAACCUAGCUGCAGCAGUUUCCCGCAUAGGCCACAAACACGCCAGUCUAGGCGUUUCAGCAGACCAAUACCCCAUCGUAGGGGAACAUUUACUAGCCGCUAUAAAAGAGGUUUUGGGCUCUGCAGCAAGUGAAGAAAUUAUUUCUGCGUGGAGCGCAGCAUAUACGGAAUUGGCCGAUAUAUUUAUCAAUUUUGAAAACGGGCUAUAUGAACAGAAUCUCCAAGUACCAGGUGGUUGGAAGGGAUGGAGAAAGUUUGUCAUUUCGAAAAAGAUUCCUGAAAGCGAUGAGAUUAUUUCUUUUCAUCUUUCACCUGUUGCAUCUGAUAAGGAUCAUGAUGUUUUACCACCUUAUAAACCGGGACAAUUCGUUAGUGCUAGGAUUUUUGUCCCGGAGCUGAAUUCCUAUCAACCACGCCAAUAUAGUUUAUCUGAUGCCCCGAGCAGCGAUCACUUCCGAAUCUCAGUCAAACAGGAAUUCGCCCGUGAUACCAGGCCCGCAGGAAGAAUCUCGAACGUCCUCCAUGAUUCACUUCCCGUGGGCUCGGAGUUAGAAGUGAGCAUGCCAUUCGGAGACUUCGUGCUUGAUAUCAAUGCUACCACUCCUGCUGUUUUGAUCAGUGGGGGUGUGGGGCUGACGCCUAUGAUGUCGAUGUUGAAUACGAUUAUCAGUCAGCAGGGACAAGCGAGGAAGGUUGUUUUUGUUCAUGCUGCUAGGAACAGACAUGUGCAUGCUAUGAAGGAUGCGUUGGAGAGGAUUGUGAGGGAGAACUCGUCUGUUAGAAGGGUUGUCUUUUAUGAGGAUGUUGAGGAGAGUGAUAGGGAGGGUGUUGAUUAUGAUUAUGUGGGACGGGUGGAUUUGGGAAAGUCAGAGGUUAGGCAGGAGGUUGUUCUUCCUGAUGCGGACUACUAUAUUUGUGGACCUCAGCCUUUUAUGAAGGCUCAGAGUGAUAGUCUUGUUUCUUUGGGCGUGAAUAGCGAGCGUAUUCAUAUGGAGGUGUUUGGUUCUCCGAGUAGCUAG